GCACGGGCGCGAUGGCGGCUGACGGGGGAGAAGACAUGGAUGCUCUUUGCGAUCCAGAUUUGGGCUACUUGGCGCGGCCGCGAACUGCCCUCGCCCAAACUAAGGUGAACAGCUGCAUGAAUGAGGAUAUGCAUGAUAUGUGCAUUGGAAGCCAAGAAGCUCUGUUCAUGCAGCCAAACUUCUCUUAUGUGGCGCUGUUGAAGGGUUAUAUUGACCUAAAUGGAGACUCUCAGACAAUCAAUACCCAGGGACCGGAGUCGUGCUUGGGUGCUGCUGACAUUGGUCAAACAAGCGAUGCGGGUGAACCUCUUCUACAUUCACAACAAACAAAGGCGGCUCAGGUCUUGGGUGGCGACUACACGUCCAACAGCACACCAAGCCUUCAGGAUUUAGGCAUGAUGGGUGACUUUGUUGACGACCAGGACAAUUCUCCUGUGCAAAUGGAGGAUCUAGAUGCACAAACAACAGCUUUUGAAUUAUCCAAGGGAGGGGAUGAUAUAUCGUUUGAUGACUGUCAAGGAGAUCCAUGGAGGCCAACCCUCUUUGAUGAUAUUCGCUUGGAUCAAGUUGAUACAAACAAUGAAGGAAGAGACGGCUCUUCUGAGAGGGAGCAAAAUCAUACCUGGAAUCUCGAUUCUACGACAUGUGUGUAUGUUGGUUCCUCUAGACAGUCUCGAGAGGCGGGAACAUCAACUGAUGCAUGCCAUCUGCAAGUGCAAGACAACAAGAAUGAAGAUAAUGAAAUCAGUGAAGAAACAAUAGAAGAUUUUUUGGAAAAUGAAAGACGGGCCGCAGAAGGAGGGAACGACAGAACAAUUGAUAGCGAGCUGAAACCUGAAACAGGGAUGCAUUUUGCUACGAGGGAAGAAGCUCAAAAGUUCUUAAACUUCUAUGCCUUUGUAGCUGGUUUCUCCAUAUCUGUUGUGUCGACUGCCCGCACAACCAGCAAAAAAAGGGACAGAGAAGUUACAAGGGUAACACUGAAAUGCAACAAGUAUGGGCAUAAUACAGAGGCUGAAAUGGAAAACUUGUCUGUACAAAGAAAAAGCACUGUCAUAGCGAAGACAGACUGCAAAGCACACAUGCUAAUUUCUUUGAAAGAUGGAAGAUGGCACAUAACUAAACUCAAUCUUGAUCAUAACCAUGAGCUCAACCCUGGCAGUAGGUUUUUUAGAUCUCAUGUUUACAUGUCUGAUGAAGAGAAAGCAUUGAUCAGAACAAUGAAAAGGUGCAACAUACCUACGAGGAAGAUAGUGGCAGUAUUGGCGUACAUAAGAGGAGGAAUGGACAAGUUACCAUACAACAAAAGGAAAGUGAGUAACUAUGGUACCACAAUAAACAGAGAAUUGGAAAAUAGUGACGUCAUGGAAGUGCAGCAAUACUUCGAGAAGAAACAAGCUGAGAGCCCUGGAUUUUGCUACUCAAUGGAAGUAGAUGCAAAAAACAAGGUCCGGAGUGUGUUUUGGACAGAUGCUAGAUCUAGAAUAAUGUACCAAGAGUAUGGGGACUGCAUCAGCUUUGACACAACAUUCCUAACAAACAAGUACAACUUGCCGUUUGCACCGUUCGUUGGUGUUUCUCCACACGGGAAGACGUACUUGUUUGCUUGUGCCCUUAUUAUCGAUGAGACUGCUAACACAUUCAAGUGGUUGUUCCGGCAGUUCUUAGCAGCAAUGGGAGGCAAGGCACCCAAAACAAUAAUAACUGACCAAGACAGAGGAAUGGAAAAGACAAUAAAAGCUGUGUUUCCACAAGCAACACACAGAACAUGCUUGUUCCAUGUGAUGAAAAAAGCCGAAGAGAAAGGGUGCAGAGUGUUCCAACUGAAUCAAGGGUUAUAUGAGGACUUUCAUGACAUAGUGAAUAACUCAUUGACAGAGAGAGAGUUUGAAACACUAUGGCAAACAAUGAUUGAAAGUUACAAUGUGGGUGAGGUGAAAAUUUUCCAAGACAUGUGGGAAGCAAGGAAAAAAUUUGUGCCAGUGUACUUCAAGACAAAGUUUUUCCCAUUCAUCCAAACAACAGCUAGGAGUGAGGGCACAAAUGCUUUGUUCAAGAAGGGGGUUGGUGCACAGUUCAGCAUGACAAGCUUCCUACGAGAAUACCAGAUAAUACUAGACAACAUCCAUGCAAAUGAGGAUGAGCUUGACCAUAAUGCAAAGCACAAAAAAGUUUCCUGGAAAUCAUUCAACACUAAGUACUACAUCGAGAGACAAGCACACAGCCUGUACAACAUAAGCAUCUUCAGAAAAUUUCAGCUCAUUCUGAAUGAUGUAACAAGACUGCAAAUUAGAGAAGAGGAAAAAAAUGAAACUAUACAUGUUAUACCAGGCAAAGAACUACUACAAACAAGAACACAAGACAAGGCUUUAUGUGGUGCAAGUGGAUACUGAGAAAGAAGAUUACUCCUGCAUUUGUUGCAAGUUUGAAAAGGAUGGCAUUUUGUGUUCUCAUAUUCUGAAAGUGAUGCUGCACCUUGAGGUGGAUAAGAUACCAGACAAAUACAUAAUAGACAGAUGGAGGAAACAAGGCAAGAAAAUGAAUAAACCCAAGGAGAUUCCACUCAUAUUAGAUAAUGACAAACUGAGAUACAAUGUCCUAGGGAUGAAGCUAAUGGAGCUUGGCUCAAACGCAUCAAAGAGUCAAAGGAAGUUUGAAUACCUGGUAUCAGAAAUGUUCAGGAUUCAACAACACUUAAUUGAUAUGGAUAGAGAAGGAGAAGAAGAGAUGGAUGGGCAAGGAGAACAAACAGAGGAGAGCAACAAAUCCAACAAGACAAUAGGCACACUGACAACUAUGGUGCAGAGUGGGGGCAGCAAUUCAACUGUUGGGCUAUUGAAUCCUGAUAAGGCACACACAAAAGGGCGCCCAUGAAUGAUGACCAUACAAGAACGCAUAAAAACCAAGACAUUCUACAAGUGCAGCCACUGUAAUGAUCCGGGUCACACAAAAAGGAAAUGCACUAAUCUGGAUAAAGUAUACGACAUCCCCAAAAAGAAGAGAUCUAGGAAGACAAACCAGCCAAGCACGGCUGAUGGAGGGCAAGGACGACAGAAUGCUAGAAGGGAAAAGAACAAAGAGAUCAACGCUACCAACAUACCUACCGAUGAGGUCUCCCAACUGCAGCAAUGACGUGGCUCCUACCCUGCAACUCUAACUCCAUCUGCUCGUACCCUGCAUGGAUAGAGAACAAAGGAGUAGUCAGGACUAUUUACAUUUUCUGAUUGUACAAACUUAUUGAACAAAGGAAGGAAAAAAUGAGGUGCCGAAGCAAAGAAGUAGAGAGUGACUAAGCGAAUGGGAGGGACUUACCGAGCACAAUUUAUUCCUUUUAGGUACCGACUGCAAGAUUAAAAUAAGAAACUACAAA